GGGGGGCGGGCUGUGUCCAUGGCGAUCCAAUAUGGCCGAGGAGACGGUGGUUGCCGAGCACCUGGAGUUCCUGAGGGAGCGGCAUAUCGGCUUCUUCGAGCGAUGUCUGAAGAUCUUGCCCGAGCGGUACUGCUCGCUGGAGACCAGCAGAUUGACCAUUGCUUUCUUUGCACUGUCUGGCCUGGAUAUGCUGAGUGCCUUGCAUCUGGUGGAUAAAGCCAGCAUCAUUGAAUGGAUUUAUUCGCUCCAGGUUCUUCCCACUGAAGAUAAAUCCAGUCUGGACCGCUGUGGUUUCAGGGGUUCAUCACAUCUGGGAAUUCCGUAUAGUCAGUCAAAGGAUAAUGGUGCACAUCAUUUGUAUGACAGUGGUCACAUAGCCAUGACAUACACUGGCCUAGCUAGCCUGGUGAUCCUCGGAGAUGACCUGAAACGGGUAAAUAAAGAAGCAUGUCUGGCUGGGCUUGGAGCUCUUCAACUAGAAGAUGGCAGUUUCUAUGCAGUGCCAGAAGGAAGUGAAAAUGACAUGAGGUUUGUGUACUGUGCCACUUGUAUCUGUUACAUGCUUAAUGACUGGUCAGGAAUGGACACAAAGAAAGCCAUAGAAUAUAUCAGGAAAAGCAUGUCAUAUGACAAUGGACUUGCCCAGGGAGCUGGACUGGAAUCACAUGGUGGAUCCACGUUUUGUGCCAUUGCCUCACUCUGUCUGAUGGGGAAACUGAAAGAGGUAUUUUCUGAGAAGGAACUAAAUAGAAUAAGAAGGUGGUGUAUAAUGAGACAGCAAAAUGGUUUCCAUGGUCGUCCCAAUAAACCUGUAGAUACAUGCUACUCAUUCUGGGUUGGCGCGACCCUAAAGCUUUUGCAGAUUUUCCAAUAUACUAAUUUUGAGAAAAAUAGAAAUUACAUUUUGUCGACCCAGGAUCGUAUCAUUGGAGGAUUUGCAAAGUGGCCAGAUAGUCACCCAGAUGCUUUGCAUGCAUACUUUGGGGUCUGUGGUCUUUCCUUAAUUGGAGAAUCUGGUGUUUGCAAAGUGCAUCCUGCAUUGAAUAUGAGCAUAAGGGCUUUUCAACAUCUUCAGCACCUGCACCAGACAACGGAAACUCAAGGGCAGGGCCAGCACUUAGAAUCUGUGCCUGACUACACAUGACAAAAGUGGUAGCAAAAAUAAAACUGAAACUAGGUCAAAUAUUCUAGCCCAAGGAAAAAGCCAUGUCAUUAGGAAAAGGUCUUGCUUGAAUGCUGGGACUUCAUAUUAAAAAGACAGCCAUACAGAAUGUUUUAAAAUAUCAUUGGUCAGUUAAUAGACCAAUUGCUGUUUGCUCUGAAUUCUGAUAAUGCAUUGAAUGUGUGUUUUGAGUGAAUGGAGGUUUGUCUAUAUUCUGUAGGAAAUCAUUUAUACUAAUUUUCUAAACAAUUUUGAGCAUUUAAUAAAUAAAAUCACAUCUG